AUGCCCGCUCCUGCGCGCCGCCGCUCGCAUGUGGCUACAACAAGCGUUAAAGAAGUACCAAGAUCCCUCUUACCGUCUGUCGAUGCGCUCUCCGACCUUUCCUCCUCUGCGCUCGAGUCGCAUGUGCGCGACGUCAUCUUCAAUGUCUCCGAGGCUGGCUUCAAGAACGACGAAGGUGUAGAUCAAACUGUGGCCAAACUUCAGACGAUUUUGGAGGAAUCAGUCAAGUACGCAGAAGCGGGCCGGGUUGCUACUGACUUUCCGGUGCAGGUUCUCGAGGACUUGUUUGAAACACAAUCCAUUCGUGGGUGCGAAAUGCUGUUCGAAUACAUGGAGGAGCAUAAGCAGAUGGUCAUCAGGCAUAUGGGCAAGGGAUCUACGUUGUUGCGCUUCUGUAACGAGCUUCUGCGCCGCCUCAGUAAUUUUGAAGACACAGUCUUUUGUGGUCGCAUUCUCGUCUUCCUCUCGGCCGUCUUUCCCUUGUCUGAGCGGAGCGCCGUGAAUCUUCGUGGAGAAUUCAAUACGGACAAUGUCACCAUCUAUGAAAAGGAUGACGAAGCACUCGAGAACCCAACUUUCUACGCGGUGUUCUGGUCUUUGCAAGGGUACUUCUGCAAUCCAUCAGCCUUGCUAGUGCCAGGGAAGCUCAACGCAUUUCUCAGUAGUAUGGACUUGACAAUGGCGACCUUUGACAAAUUGCUUGAACCGUUCAGAGAAUCAGACUACACGGCAACCAAAUCUGCCGACACUCAUGACUUUUUCACCCCAAAGUUUCUGACAUCGCGAGAGUUGUUGGACUUGGAAUUGUCUGACAUUACCUUCCGAAAGCAUAUCUGCACACAAGCGCUCAUUGUCAUUGGCUUCCUUUUCAGCUUCUCUGCGGAUAUCCCAAUCACCAACAAGUCGUUUCAGUCAACUUUUGCACUACAAAAGGAGGACGCAGAGCGUCUGACAGCGCUACAAGAUCGUGUGCGCAAGUACAUUCUGGCGCUCCCUGCAGGCAUCAAGUUCUUGGCCUCCGUCGAUGCGCUCAUGAAAAGCGACCAGCAAUGGCUCAAGUGGAAAUCUAUCAGCUGCCCUCCUUAUGCAAAACCAGCCCUGGAAGAAGCGCGUAUCCAGAGCGCCCCUGCCAAGCUAUCAACGCUGACUGCCUUGCCGAAACCCUAUCGAUAUACUGUCGGCAAUGCAAAUUUGACAAAGUUGUGGCAAGAUGCUGGUCUUUGGUCACCUGACGAGUUGAAGACAUAUGCGAGCAGGUCGUUGCCUCAAGUAGAAGACUAUGCUCUCAAAAUAUCCAAGCUUGAGGAACGAUUGGCAGCGAUUCAAGGCAUAGAUGAACAAUCGGAAGCCGCUCGCACGCAAUUACGAGAGCAGAUUGCAACGCAGUCUUGGCUGGCUCUUCGCUCAUCUAGGGAGCAUGAUAUCAGACUGUUUACGCAAGGCGUGGCCGGGAUGACACUUGCCACACAUGGUCGAUGUGGAGAACACUUGUCCCACAGCAUGGAGAAUAUGAGCUAUGGUAAUGCUCGCACCCAACAGCUGGGCAAUGGUCCCACAUCAUAUGGAGAGAUGGCGAACGUUGAUUAUCAUGGGUUCGACAGCGACUACCAGGAUGCCAUGUCGCCUGGUCAGAAGCUGCCCGGCAAGAAGAACAUGAAGCGCCACCGUCUGACUCACGACGAGACUCGCUUCUUGCUCAAUGAGUUUGCCAGAAACCCACACCCCGACGGCUCACAACGCGAACGUUUGGCCAGGACCGUGAAGAAUCUCACCAACCGCCAGGUCCAAGUCUGGUUUCAGAAUCGGCGCGCCAAGCUCAAGCGCAUGACUGAGGAGGAUGCUGAACGCGUGCUGGCUUCCCGGCGAUACCCGUCAUCUCAUGGACCGCUCGGCAUCCCUCGUUUCGGUGGGUUUGCUGGCGAUGUUUCUUGCGCAGAGAUACCCUCCACGCGCACGGAGGCCAUCUUUGCUUCGUUCCUGCCUCCUGUGCCUUCUCUUCACCAAGCAAGCUCCUCCAUGUCUACUGAGUCCAUGUCAACAAAUGUCUCUGGGUCUGCUGUGCCACGCUUCCGAGAAGAUGGUUAUUACUCGGGCACGGCGUCUCCAAUGAGCUACGACAGUGGCGUCGAGCCCUCAACUCCCGAAAGCCUUGUGCUCAGUCCUUACACUAUGCCGUCCACCUUUCAUCACCAGCCCCACUUUGCUGCGCGCCACUUCACGUCCAAUUACGGUGUAUCCCAAGCUCCCCGAUCGGUACCUGUCACCAGUUCGCCGACUUCAAGGCCUGAUGUUGCAGCCCGUACCCUUCCAGAACCGGCAUCUCUCGCUGAUAUUUCCGUUCGAGGCUGGAACAAGUCAUGGUCACUUGACAACCAUGCUGGUGGACAACUACCGGCAGCACCAGCGCGACAACGGCAAGCAUUGCCGAGCAUCAGCCAUGAGCUGUUCGGCUUCUUGGGCAAUGAUGACAUGCUCUCUCUGCAGAGCGAUGAGAAGUACUCCACCUUUGGUCAGCAGUCCUACGAAUUUGCUUCAACAGUGGGUCGCCUCGAACAGCAAUAUGGUGCGCGCACUGGCAGCCUUGCAAAGGAUCCAUUUACAGCACGUCUGUCAAUAAGCUUUGACAAUUGA